AUGAAGGAUCCGCAAGAACAUGUGGCCGCAUUUGAAAUGGUGUUGAAUUUAUAUGGACAACUGGCUCCCAUCAUGGCAAAACUGUUUGCAACUACGCUCACGGGAAAGGCCCAAGAAUGGUUCACAAAUUUGCCCCAAGGGAGCAUUGAAUCUUACAAACAACUAGUACAAAAGUUCAAUUUUCAUUUCGCGAGUAAGAAGAAACAAAAGAGGUCGGCGACUCAUCUGUUCAAUAUCCGUCAGAGGGAAGAUGAAACCUUGAAAAACUUCAUGGGAAGGUUUAACAACGAGACAUUGGAGGUGCAAGAAUUGAGGAUUGAUAUGAUAGUGGGCAUCCUUAUUCAUGGGUUGAGGAAAGGUCCUUUUACAUCUGCUCUCGCACGCGACCCACCGAGUGAUGUCGAGCAGUUAAUGGCGCUGGCUCAAAAAUACAUAGAUGAGGAGGAGAUGAACGCCAUGAAAGAUUUUGAGCGGAGUGAGCACGAACAGGUGACCGUGCGACCGUACGAGAGUAGAGGAGGAGGGAGUAAACAAAAACCAGAUAAGCCCAGAGAGCCUAAGUACCAACCCGAGUACCACAACUACACUCCGUUGGCCAUGUCUCGUGAGAAGGCGCUGAUGAUGGUUGAAAAUGCAGAUGUUCUGAAAUGGCCAAGGCACACCAGGUACACCCCCUCUAAAAAGUUUUCUAACAAAUAUUGCAGAUUUCAUCGUGAGAGGGGGCACAACACGGAGGAGUGCUUCCAGCUUAAGGACGAGAUUGAGAGGUUGGUUAGGCAGGGGUACUUUCGAGAUCGAGUUCCCCUAAAUUGCAAGAUCAGUAAGGAAACAAGGAGAAGUAGGUCGAGAAGUCGGGAUCGGAAUCCUGGCGCAUCGAGAAUGGAAAAAGCCCCCCCUAGCGGAAACGAUGCUCCAACUAAAGGAGUAAUCUACACAAUUGUAGGGGGCUCGAGCUCGGGUGAUUCGAGCAGGACCAGAAAGAGAUGCGCUAGAACCAUGAGCUCGGGCAAAGAAAGAGAGUUCGUCCUUAAAGUUGAGGAGGAAGAAGCUAUCUCCUUUGAUAGUUCGGACAGGCCGAAAGAGAGUAGAGACAUGAACGACCCGAUAGUCGUCAAACUGGACAUCGCGAAUUUUACCAUUCAUAAAGUACUGAUCGACAGUGGGAGCUCAGCUGACAUCAUAUUUAAGAAUGUGAUUGAUAAAAUGGGGUUAGAGAAUGCCCGCCUCGAACCAGUAAGGACCCCCUUGGUGGGAUUUGGAGGUAGCGAAGUAGCAUCGCUAGGCACGGUCGACUUGCCAGUAUCAAUGGGUGAAGCACCUAAGCGAAAGACGUUGAUGAUGAAGUCUUUAGUGGUCAAUACCCCGUUCGCGUACAAUGUAAUUCUAGGCAAACCAGGCUUAAAUCUGUUCAGGGCCGUUAUCUCUACCUACCACAUGAAAAUGAAAUUCCCAACAGAGAACGGGACCCGGGAACUAGCCAGUGACCUAAGAGAGGCUCGCAAAUGUUACAACCUAUCGCUGAAGGGGGAACCCAGCCGGAAGAAAAGAAAAGUCAAAGAAGACGUUGAGCCUCGUCCUUAUGAAGCAGAACAUUUAAAACCCAGCGAUGAGUACAAGAUGGUGCAGCUCGUACCGGAUGAGCCAGACAAGACAACCCGGAUAGAAGCAAACAUGAAAGAUGGGGAGAUGGCCAUGAUUGAAUUUCGGAGGUGA